UAAGAGUAAGUAUUGGAUAAGGUGAGGGUCUAGUGAAAACUGGAGACGCCACGACGUCGUUCCGUUGGCCAUGUUUUUUUUGUUUUUGUUUCCGCCACCGCACUCACUCGCUUAAUAAGCAAAACCCUAAGGAAGGAAGGAAAAGGCCUUGGUUGUAGAGAUAGAGAUAGAUAGGGUGGCGAUGGAAGUUACAGCGGGUCGAAAGGCGGUUAUUGAUAUGUCAGUAGAAGAGCUGGUGGCGAAAGCAAUAGUUCCGGUGAAGAAGGAAUUCCUUUGUCCUGCACCUACAAGACUCAACACUCCUCCCACCACCACCACCACCUCCGCACCACCUGUCAGCAAAGAGAAAAAGUCCAAAAGACAGAUCAAGCGAGAAAGAAAUCAGGAAAAGCAAUCCACACGUAACCUCUGUCCCAUGGUUGCCAAGACAGGAAGAGUAGAUUCAUGCUCUUAUAAAGAUAAGUGCCGCCUUAGCCAUGACAUACAAGCAUUCAAGGCUCAGAAACCGGCUGAUUUAGAGGGCAAGUGCCCCUUUGACAGUCCAUGCCCCUAUGGCUUGGCCUGUAGAUUUUUAGGUACACAUACAACUGAUACUGAUACUGCUGCUACCGCAACUUCAAAUGAGCAUAACAACUCUGAAGUCAAUGCCUUAAAAAAAGAUGUCCAAAAGCUUCUGUGGAAGAACAAAAUGGAAUUCCCCAAGGCAGAUGCUAUACUCAAACCCCUUGGUCUAAUGGGCCCAGCAAAGUCAAAGAAGACACUGGAGGCUGAUAAUAAAGAAGAAGGUCACACAGUUUCAAAUCAAAACGAUUGCUGUUCAGAAGUUUAUGAGAAAGUUGAAGAUGAUCCUAGGCCCCUGAAAAGAGGAAAAUCAAACGAUGAAACAAGUGAUUUAAUUACAGAAACUAAUGGUGAAGGCCAUAUAGAAAGUGAUAAAAGCUUAAAGGUGCACCCUCGUGAAAGGAAGCUGAUUGAUUUUAGGGAUAAGCUAUAUCUUGCUCCUUUAACCACAGUUGGGAACCUUCCCUUCAGAAGAGUUUGCAAAGGGUUAGGUGCUGACAUAACAUGUGGUGAAAUGGCUAUGUGCACAAAUCUUAUACAGGGUCAGGCUGCAGAAUGGGCGCUGUUAAGGAGACACGCGUCUGAGGAUCUGUUUGGAGUACAAAUAUGUGGGGCAUAUCCUGAUACGGUUGCUCGCGCUGCUGAACUUAUUGAACGUGAAUGUAGGGUGGAUUUCAUCGAUAUCAAUAUGGGUUGCCCAAUUGAUCUUGUGGUUAAUAAGGGAGCUGGCUCAGCUCUGCUUUCAAAACCAAUGCGCAUGAAAAAUCUUAUACAUGCCGUUUCUAGCACAGUUGACAUUCCAAUAACUAUAAAGGCACGGACGAGUUACUAUGAGGGUAGAAGCCGCAUUGACUCUGUAAUAGCAGAUGUAUGGGAAUGGGGGGCGAGUGCAGUCACUAUACACGGCCGAUCCCGUCAGCAACGUUACACCAAACAACCCGAUUGGGAAUAUGUAUAUGAGUGUACCAGAAAGGCCCCUGAUACCCUGCAAGUCAUUGGGAAUGGAGACAUCUUUUCACUUUCCGACUGGAAAAAGCACAAGUCUAAUUGCCCACAACUUUCAUCAUGCAUGAUUGCGCGUGGGGCUCUAGUAAAGCCCUGGAUCUUCACAGAAAUCAAGGAACAGAGGGACUGGGACAUCAGUUCUGGGGAACGGUUAAAUAUUUUGAAAGAUUACGUGCGUUUUGGACUCCACCACUGGGGUUCCGACACAAAAGGGGUGGAGACAACUAGGCACUUCUUAUUGGAAUGGCUUAGUUACACAUACCGGUAUGUUCCGGUCGGACUUUUAGAAGUGGUCCCUCAGAGACUGAACUCGCGCCCACCCGCAUACUUUGGCCGAGAUGACCUGGAGACAUUAAUGGCUUCCGAGUCUGCAGCUGAUUGGAUUAAAAUCUCUGAGAUGUUACUUGGAAAGGUUCCUGAUGGAUUCACAUUUUCACCAAAGCAUAAAUCCAAUGCCUUUGACAAAGCUGAGAAUGGCUGAGUAUUUCUCUUUUAUCUUUUACCCCAUGCCCCUAUUUUUCAUGACACCAAGUUUUUUAGGUGUUUGUUUACAGGAUUUGCUGUAUUGAACUUGAUAACAGUAAGUACAAUUAAAUUUUCAACUGGUGUCUGCGGGCACGUAGACAUGAAAACAGUCAAUUUUAGUCAAGGCUGAAACAGGUCUGCGCUGCGUACCAUGUCAAAGCUUAGACUAACAUCCUUGCAAGAUCUUCACUUUUUA